CUUGAGAUAUAGUCACGACAUUCUCCUCACUUUGAACAUUUUCGCUUUGAGAUGGAAAGUAUUACAAGAAGGAAGGGUUUAUGUUAGACAGAAAUUAAGCGAUAAUCAGCUUACCGUCACUGAUAUCAGAAACAUGAUUGCCGAAG